UCACAACCGAACGCGAACAUUAAUACAAACAACUUUUGCCUUGGACGUAUGCUCAAAUUCGUAACCAAACUCUAGUUAAAAAUCAACAACCAAAAAAAGAGUUUUUUUUUUUUUUUAAUAUGUUGGGCCGAACAUGUUCGGGAGGCGUUCGGCCGAACACCCGAACAUGUUCGGGAGGCGUUCGGCCGAACACCCGAACAUGUUCGGGAGGCGUUCGGCCGAACAUGUUCGGACGUUCGGAAAAGCUCCAAAGAUGUUUGGUGUGCUACACAGAAGGAACGGAGAAGGACAUGAUUUCGCCAGAUCGGAAGGAACGGGGGAUUUCCCCGUUGUGGUGAACGAUCUGCGCGAGGGUGUUGAAGCUGAGGUUAUCGGGGGUGGUGUCGUAGCAGGCGGUGUGCUGGAUGCGCCGGAUGAGGGAGGAGGUGGAGGGAACGGAACGGUGGUGGAGGUUGAAGGGUUGGUGGAUGUGGUGGUAGAGGUGGUAGGAGUGGAGGAGGUUGGCGGGGGGUUGUUGCUGGAGGCGGCUCUGGAGGAGGGAGUGGUUUGCGUUGUGGAGGAUGGAGUGGUUUGCGUUGUGGAGGAGGGAGUGGUUUGCGCGGUGGUGACGACCGUGAUGGAGGGGAUGGUCCCUUCGAUCGUGGUGACGCGGUCGCAUAUGGAUGACAUGUUGGCCUUUUUGUCGUCGAGAGAGGCGGUGACGGAGGUUCGGAGGGUGUUGAGUGCGUGGAGGAUGGCGGAGAGGUCGGGGGUGGCGGUGUUUGCUGGUGGUUGUUCGCCUGCGAGGUUGCGGGCGAUGUUAUCGACUGAGUCGGUGCGGAUGUCAGACAUGUUGAUGGAGGAUGCGGCCAUGUCGGGGGAAGAGGGGGUGGAGGACGUGUUAAUGAUGCAGGGUGAAAACUCUCGUGGUGCAGAGUCGUCUUCUUGUUCGGCAGCAAAUGAACAAGAGGGAUGGAAUCCGUAUCCUUGGAAGAGAAGGUACCGAUCUCCCUCACGCCCUACUGAUCUGCUCUCGCAACAAGCCGAAGAGCUGAUGGCUGAUGCUAAGAAGAUGCGUGAUCGACCAGAGCUUUUGGAUGUUACCUUUGUCUGUGAGGGGAACAAGCAGGUCCGUGCCAAUCGUGCCUUCCUGGCAAUGAGAAGUGACUACUUCUCAAAGCUACUUUAUGGUGGCAUGAGAGAGAGUCGAAUGGAUGUUGUCCCGCUUCCGCAUGCUCAUGUGAAAGCUCUAGAAACCAUCGUUGAUUUCCUUCAUGGAAAUCACCUGGAGCCCUCUAGUCUGUCUUGCGAGGACAUGGUGGAUGUCUACUGCAUGGCCGAAGAGUAUCAGAUUCGUGGCCUUGGUGCACACGUUUCCUAUUACAUCUCUGCAAUGGACUCCUUCCUGGACAUCGGCAAGUUACUGAAGGCGUCCAUUCCAAGAGAAGCAGAAGCAGUGCUGAAGAUCGCGAUGCGCGUCUUUGAUGAGAGGAUCUUGUUUGACCCCCCUUGCUUUAAUGGUUGGUGCAAGGAAUCUAUCAUAUAUUGCCUGAACCAUUCUGCUUUUCUGGAUGGCGUUGAGGUGAAAGUCGUUGCUGAGGCAGUCCUUGAAGCGGCAAAUCUUCGUCCGAUGAGGGUGGCAGCAAAUGCAGGUGCCGGAGGAGCAGCAGCUGCAGGUGGGGCUGCAGCAGCCGCUGCUGCCAUCACAGCAGCCAAUGCUGCCACUGUAGCCGGCACAGGCAAGGGUGAUAGCGGCAGUGAGUCUCCGUUGAGUGACAUGAUGGGACUCUCCAAGGAAGAUGUUGUAGAGAUCUUUGAAUUGCACUUGAAAAUGGAGCGAAUGGAUCCAGUCUUCUUGGCAGACAAGGUGCAGCCGCUUGCGAUCUUCCCGGAGAAGCGCUUCUCCGAUGUGUACCUCGCACAGCUGCUGCAUUGCUUUGGGAAACUACAGGAUAAAUCGGAUUACACGAUACAGGGGAAGAAGGUUGAGAAAGAGGUGUCAUGGAAUGAUGCAGUGAUGGGAAGCGGAAUGAACACGUCACCUCAAUGCCCAACAAAACUCUGGUAUGAUUUUGCAUUGCAGCAGCGAGGAGGGCGGCAGGAACGGGGGGCUAGACUUGCGUUGCCUCUAUCGACUGGCAAACACUACUGGAAGGUCCGACUGUCUCCGCCGGCAGAAUCGAUCUGGUUUGGCGUGGUUGAUGCGAGGGCCGACCCUGAGGUUGGGUUUGUUGGUCGCGAAGGUGAGUGGAUGUAUGGGAGUCGCUCAGCUGUGUGUAUGGGAAAUGGUCACAAGUACUCUUUCGAGCCACAAUUGAAUUUCCGUAGCACUCUGGUGGCGGUUGUCAUCUUGGAUAUGGAAAUGAGAACCCUAACAUUUGCCAAUGACAUGGAGUCUUACGGCAAGUAUCGGGGUAAUUACCCGGUCGCAUUCACCAAUCUUCCAGAUACAGUUUACCCUGCAGUAUCAUUGAUCCCCCGUGGUUGCGUGGAAUUGCAAUGGGUGCAUUCAUUUGAGGAUUGAUUGUUUAUUCAUUUGCUGAUUGAUUGGUUGGUUGGUUGGUUGGUUGGUUGGUUGUGUAAUGACCUGCAAAAUUGCAGACUGAGAAAUCUGCUGUCUUCUGAGUGUUGCUGCAUGCUAGACUGAUUUGCUGAGAUUCCCGUGUUCUCCAGAGUGCUGGCUGAUAACCAGUGUGUUUGCUGUGUGUCUGAGAACCGGUAUGUGUGUGUGACCCGCUGUUGAGGGCCGAUGUGUUGAUAUGGCCCUCAGGCCGGUUCUUACCUGUGCCCGUGUGACUUGUGGGGUUGCAGUGGGGGAAGUAGGGUAGGUUAGGUUGGAGCCCAGAGUCAUGAAGCAGCAGGUAAAGUAGCAGAUAAGACAAAAAGGUAGUGCCUUUGGGACGCCAGGUAAUAUUUUAGAAGUCCGGUAGGCUUAGGGGUAGGUACCAGUCCGGCAGGCCUGAGUCUAGAGCCUGCGGGAAGGGGAUAUCAGACUGUAAUGAUGUUCCCACCAAAAGUAGAAGGUACCGGUAGAUUUGGGAGGUCACGCGGCCUGGAAGUCACCACGUGAAGACGCACUAGUGCGGUUUAUCAGUUGCGGAGGCGAAUAGUUCAGCCUCAUUUGCUCGCUUGCACUUGCGGGCACGCUGCAUGAGCGCGCACCCAGCAAGUGUAGCACUGGGGGAAGGAAGCAGGCGUAACUUGGACCCCACCUCGGCUAUGGUGGAGGUCGCCAAGUCAAAGGCAGCAGAAGGCCUGGAUAUGGCCGAGGCCUAGGAAGGAGGAGGAAGGAGUGAAGGAGGAGGAGGAAGAAGAACAAGGAGACCGAGGAAGAAGGAGGAGGAGGAGGGAGAACAAGGAGACAGAGGAAGAAGGAGGAGGAGGAGGAGAGUGAAGAAGGGAGCUUACCUUGGCCAUGGUGGUCUGCAUCUUCAUUUUCUUGGUUGGUGCUGCACCUUGAAGACCCCAAGUGGGGUAGUACUUGUACGGAUGACUCCAGGGGUGGAAUGUGGCAAGGCGGCCAUAGAGGGAGAGGCACGGUACCUUUUCGUUGUCCUCUGAACAUUGGAGCUAGGCUCCGAUGGUCCGCCAUCGCCACCGACUGGCCUGAGUAGAAGAAGAAGGUGUAGGAUGGCUAUGGUGGACAUCUUGAGUGGCUGGCAGUAAGGGGAGGAUUCGGGCAUUGAUUCUGGUUCAUUCUUUCAUUAUUGUUGUGAUUAUUAUUGAUAAUAAGAAGUUGGAGGAGAUGUUGGAAGAGAGGGAUGUUGGCGAGAUGAGGAAGAGGGUGCAUUGGUUCUUGCUUGUCUUCUUCUUCUUCUUCUUCUUCUUCUUCUUCUUCUAUUCUCAUUUCUUCUUCCUCCUUCGUCUAUUUCUCUUUCCAAUCUCUUUUUCGGUUGCAUUUGAACGGCAUUGUCUCUCAUUCAAGUGCAACUUUCUUUUGAGAUUUUCACUGUGAAAUAGCCAGGAUCAUAACAGUUGGUUGAUUAGGUGGCUGGUUGAUUGAUCAUUGGUUGAUUGGUGUACUUUCACCCACGGCCCCAUUCAGACAGCAUGCCAUAUGAGGGAAGCAGUCCCUGCUUAGAUGGAAAUGUGGGCGCGUAAUGCCUGCGUAUUUGUUCAAAGGAGUUUGUUUAAGGUUGUAGAAGUUGUUGGACUGCUUUUGUAGCGGGACCGCAGAAGGGUUGCAUGUCCAUUCGCUUACCAGAAAUCGAUUCAAUCAAUUAAUCAUUUUUUUACAUAAUGAUCAUUAGUGAUCGCGCAGGUGGACUUUUGUGUUUUCUCAACUUUUCUGGACUUUCUUGAUGGUAGUUAUAAUAAUGAUGAUGACGCUUUGGUGAUGACUGUGGUGGUGGUAGUGGCCAAUCACCACUUCACCGUCGACCAACUGCCGACGUUAAUCCUCUCAGUUGCUUCCUCCUCCUCCCCCUCCUCUUGCUCCCGUACCAUGGCUCCACCUCUCCUUGCCCCUCUUCCUCCUGAGCUAACCGUUUCCUCCUGAUCCCAGUAGACUAACCGUCCCAGUUUGUUCUUCUUCAUCCCCCUCCCCCUCCUCCCUUGUUGCUGUCACCGUCAUUACCAUCGUCACCAUCAUCACCGUCUGCACUGCCAUUUACCGCACAUGGACUUGUGAUCGACUUGACUUGGCAUUGGGAUACCUUGUGAGUGUGAACUAUGAACCUGGAUGUUAAACCUGGGUUUGUUUAAGAACUUGAUGGGCGGCUUUGUUUGUUCGGUGGUGGGUAAGUGUCACGGUGCCCCCUGCAUUGUCUACGAUGGGCAACAGCAUGACAACAUAAUAAUUGCAGGUGUAAUGGUACUGCAAAAUACAAUGUUGGUAAGCGGUACUAAGCACUAGUGUACAAUAGUUAAGUGAUGGAUGCAUUUUUUGUCUUUUUUAUUCAAAAUACAAUGUUGGUAAGCAGUACUAAGCACUAGUGUACAAUAGUUAAGUGAUGGCUGCAUUUUUUGUUUUUUUAUUGUUUUAGCAGCAAGUCCCUGAGGGGCGUCAGUCGGGUUGCUUAUUACUGGCAAGCAUGACGCAGGCAAGUAGGAGAGAGAAAAUGACGGCCGCAUUUCACAACCAUUCCGUUACAAUUGCUGUAACAAGUAGUUUAGAAGGCCUAUGUUGUGAUGGCUGCAUCUUGCUACCCCAUCAUGCAUGCUCAGAUUAUAUAGAAGGUGACAUGUCCUGGACAAUGGGGGUAAUUGGUAGUGCCUGCAUCUC